CCCAGCGUGAGCCUGCAAAGCAACCUCUUCGACCGCACAUCUCCCCCCUUCUCUUUCGCUGCUCAACACACUCGAGCAAUCUGAUCACCCAAGAAAACCAAAAGGACCCUCGUCAAUAUCUUCCAUCAAGAUGAAUAACCUCUUCCGCUUCCUCGCCCUCACUGGCGCUACGCUCGUCGCCGCCGAGAACAUGAUCAACCUGGCCCCUUUCUCCGACGACGUCUACACGCGAACUGAGCCACCCCAGGAGCUUGCAUCCUCGACCGUUGACGGCCGCUUCGUCUACGAACUCAACCUCUGCACCAUCGUCGAGUCUACCACCUGCCGGGUCUCCACGUCCACUGGCAACCCUGUCCCCGAGGAGCCCUCCUCUACGGCGUCCCCUACCCCGACUGGCGAAGACGGUCCCACUCCUACCGACAACGGUGGCAAGCUCACCUCUUCUCUCAGCACCGAGGAUCAGCCCACGGCCACCGAGUCCGUUGCCGGCGAGGAGCCUACCGGCGGUGUUGCGAAGGCCAAGGCCCUCGACUACGGCGCCUUUGGUCUCGCUGGCCUUGCGGCUGCUUACCUCGUCUGAUCCGACGCUCUCGGGAGCACACCCACAGGCAUUGGGGUUUACGUUGAUGAUGAACACAUCUUGGGGCGAAGGAAAGAUUUUAAGUGGUACCUGAUGCGCCGUUAUGUACACGCUUCGCUCGUAUCAAUCGCGGCACCCUCCCGCAUAAAAUGGCAUGA